GUGAGAGAUUCGUACUUAGCUCGUGUAUUUUAUUUUUCGAUCAGAUUCGGGUGGGGGUGAACCUUGGCAUUCAGUUUUAAUCGUUCGUAUCGUUCAUUCGGCCGUUUAUUCGGUACAUAUAGCGAGUGUGGUGGUGUUUCGGUCUACGGCUCCGGCGGUUAAAAGUUGGAAUUUUCUUACGGCGCUAAUUGCAACGCCCGGAGAUCUUGAUUUCACUCACUAGACGUGCUCGCGUUCCGUCACCAGUUUCCCGUGAUAAAUUGCAGUGUCCGGUCGUCCUUCUGCCUCUGGGUUUCGAACAAGGCUCGCACUGGCCGCAGAGUUUUGUGCUUCUACGAAAUUUAUCAACGGAAAAUGAAGAUCUGGAACGUGGAGUACGUCUUCAACCAUCCAUGGGAAACGGUGGCCAAAGCAAUUUGGAGGAAAUACCCGAACCCCAUGAAUCCCGCGGUGAUCGGCAUCGAUGUCGUCGACAGGAAAAUCGUCGACGGUGUCUUACACUCCCACAGAAUAGUCUCGAGCGAAUGGGGCUUUCCAAAGUGGGUCGAAUCGCUCAUAGGAACUGCUUCCGUUUGUUACGCCAGCGAAUGGAGUGAAGUAGACAUUGAGAACAAACAGAUGACGUUGAAGACCAGAAACCUUACUUUUUGCAACUAUAUCGGGGUCGAGGAAACGGUGAAAUACUCACCUCAUCCGGAAAAUCCACAAAGCACAUUGCUAACACAGGAAGCUGUGGUUACCGUCAAGAGCGUUCCUCUCGGUCACUAUAUGGAGGAUAUGCUGACGUCUAAAAUCUCCGCCAAUGCCGGAAAGGGAAGACAGGCGAUCGAAUGGGUGAUUGGAAAGAUUGACGCCGAGGUAAAGGACCUCGCAAAUAACGCGGUGAAAUCUACGGACGAGCUGCUGGCGCAGACGAAACGUCAGUUCGACGAUCUGACGGUGAAAACCCGGAAGAGUAUGGACGAGCUGCAAACGGCGGCGAAAAAGUCAUUCGAUGAGAUUCACAAUCUGACCGCACCACCGCCCCAAUCUAUACCGAAAUUAUAACUAAGAUUUUGGACUAGUUUCGAUCUUUUCAAUUGAAUCAAAAUUUACCUUCGUCCGCGCUGAAACCGCCUGUCCAGGACGUCGGCCAAAGAGAGGAAAACAAUCGACGCGAUUAACCAAACGAGGAAAUAGCUUAGUGAAAAUAACGUGCAGUUUAAACGAGGGGAAAUAAAGAAGAAACUGAACGCAAAAAGUGACAUAUAAUGUUUCUUUUAUUUGGUUAUUUAAACCGCAGCGCGUGACGUAUAAAUCAAUAACAUAUAAUAGAGAAUUUAUGAAAUAUUGUAUUUAAAACUCCACGCAGAAUAAAAAGAGGUCUGCCGAACUUUGUCUGAAACUUAAAAUGUGCGAGGAAUAUAGCGGGGAGAAGGAAAAGUAAAACAAUGAAGAAAUAAAGAAGAAACAAAAAAUCGAACAAUUUAUUAUAAUAAAUGUAAUAAAAUCGUUCACUAAAAGUAAUUUAUCGUAAAGUUCUUUGGACACAAAUUCUCCGAAGAUCGCAGCCGUGCUUUAUUCUGAACGAAAAGUACGUAAAACGGAAUUCGGAAUUCAUCCGAGAGAACUUUGUUCUUUGUCUGUAUGUAGUGUUUUUUUUCCGUUUCAUCAUAUCAUUGAAAUUGAUGUAAAAAGUUUUAACAAGAGGUAGUAUCUAUCAGCAACAACUACGAAAGAUAUGAGAGAAAAAAAAUCUUACGUUACCCCAAUCUUGCGCUUAUUAUACAUGCCUAUAUUGUAUUACAUAUAUGUUAAAUAAUUAUACAGAUAGGCGAGAAACAUACAAGAAUCUAGUGAUUAACUUUAAUUCAUUGUUAUUAUACAUAAUAGAUAGUUUAUAAAUAAAUUAAUCAACCACGUAAUUGAUACGUGGAUCAAUUGAUAUGUUGUAAUUAGAAAAAAAAAAAAAUCAGAAAAGUAAAUGAAAACAAAGUAAUAACAAGGAAACAUACUUUCAUCAACGGUCUUUAAGCAUAGGGUGCAACUAACACUGUCAGCCAGCUGCCAUGACACUUUUUUCACCGAAUAUUUUCACAAUACUGACAAAACUAUAAUGCGUCCUAUAUCUUCACGGCUGUCUCCCGUAGCAUUGUUCCGCUACGAUUGUAAAUAAUAAGAACAAGAAAUAAUGCACACGUAUAUAGGUAUAUACAUAUAUAGAUAAUGAUGGCAAUGAAUUUGAGCACAAGUAAAAUUAUUCGGAUUAAAAAAAGAAAGA